GUCAAUUAGGCCAAACAACAGUUUGUUACUAAAUAUGAAGCUGAGCUUUUCAUACGUAAUUACAUAUUUUUUUCUGUCAUGUCUCGUCGCGGCAAGACAGAAUAAUGGAAAGACUGUCAGAGAACAUAAAUAUGACUUCCAGUCAACCCUAGAAGCGCAUCGAAAAGGGGAAACGGCGAAAACCUUUGUCCACAAAGACACGACAGUAGACACGGAAGUGGAAUACGUGGCAGCAGCAUUACAAUAUGCCCCGUAUGAUGACCUCUCCGCGGGAGGUCUAGCUGUACUGGAAGAAAAUGCGAGAGCAUUUAUUCGCUAUGCUGGAGAGGCCAGAGACAUGGGUGCCCAAAUCAUCGUGUUCCCAGAAUAUGGAUUAACCAGCCUGAACCUCGGGUUGACCUGGGGCACUUUUCUGGCUCAAACACAGGUCGUUCCGAACCCAGAGGACAAAGAAAUACCCUGUGAAUACGGCGACGUCAAUAAUUCGAGCAAAAUCAUGAAAGAACUCAGUUGUGCAGCGAUGGAAAGUGGCAUAUACCUUGUGGUAGACCUUGCCGAACAGUCAAACUGCUCUGGGGUUGCCCUCAGUGAUGAGGAUCUCGCCUUUAGCCAGAACAGCGAUGCACCGGGCGUCCUCUCUGGCUGCAAAUUCUACAAUUCACAGGUGGUUUUCGACGAUGCCGGAGCUGUUGUGGCCAGGUACCGAAAGAAACACCUAUUUGUGGAGCCCGUCUUCACCCCAGGAACAGAUCCCGACUCAGCUGCUACCUUCCAGACCUCGUUUGGUGUAACAUUUACAUUAUUUGUUGAUAUACUAUACGAAAAUCCAGCUGUUAGCAACAUCUACAACCUAGGAGUACGAGAUGCACUCCUGAGUACAGCUUGGAUGGAUCAACUCCCAUCUCUAGCAGCUCCCCAGGUCUGGAAGGGUUUCAGUCAAGGAAACAAUGUAAAUCUCGUUGCGGCCAACAUAUAUCACCCGCCAGGUGGGUAUUUGGGGUCAGGAAUCUUCAGAGGUGUGUAUUCUGAACCAGAAUAUUAUACCUAUGAUACUUCUUCAGGCAACAAGCUCAUAGUGGGAAAAGUGAAAACGAAGUCGGCUGUACCAUCUGCAAGCAUGCUUCAAUCAGGUGAUUCUGAAGUUUUCAAUGAUAAUGAUUUUGACGAUUUGCCUUUGUUGGGCCCAUUAAAGAUGGAAGAGAGGCAAACAAUUGCAAUGGAGGUAUUAGCGAAUGGAAAAAAUAAACAAAAGCAAAAUACAAACCAGAACAUGAAACAUAAAUAUAAGCAUGAGAACCUCAGCCGAUACAAUCACGUCGUCUUAGAGAGAACCUCACCAGGUAUCCUUGCCAUCCAUGAGCUUUGCCAUGAGGACGGCUUGUGUUGCAAUCUGGCUUACGAGUACCCUGCUGAACAAUCUGAAGAUAUUGUUUACAUGCUCAUCGCCUACAGCGGUAUAGUGGGACAUGCCCAUAACCUCUAUCUCACAUACGUGCAGGACUGCGGGGUAGUACUUUGUCUGAAUGAAACCAUUGACAGUUGUGGCCACUUUGAGGAAGCAUAUAUUCCUGACUCAGCUUUCAGAGCAUAUUCACUUUCUGGAACAUUCGGUGACCGCUAUAUCUAUCCCUCCGUUUUUACUGACACCUUACAGCUUUUCAGUGAUGACAAAUGGAACUAUACACUCAGUGAAUCGCCAGACCAUUUCCAUGCGAUCAUAGAUCUUCACGAGGAAGUGAAUGACCUCUCCAUGUUGAGUUUGUAUAGCAGGUGGUUCUCCAGGGACCCAAACCACUGAAAUUUCAUGACCAGCUUGUUCAGAUGAAAAUUUCUUCUUGUUAGAAUAACUUAAAUAUAUUGUCAGUGGUGAUUAAACUAUUCUACAUUAUGGUCAGUUAUGCAUUAAAAAUAAUAAAACAAUAA